AUGGAAAAGGUCGACGUGCUCAUUUGCGGCAGUGGAUCGGCUGGUCUUUGCGCUGCGACAUGGCUCGCCCGCUACGGUGUGAAAUGCAAAGUGCUGGAACGGCGUGACGGUCCCAUGAAGAUGGGCCAGGCAGACGGCGUGCAAUGCCGCACCGUUGAGAUCUUCGAGAGCUUCGGUAUUGGCGAGGAGCUUCUACGAGAAGCAUAUCACGUCCUCGAGGUGAACUUUUGGGCGGAUGACGGCACCGGCGCCAUCAAGCGUACGGGACGCACUGCGGAUACACAGCCGGGUCUAUCGCACCAGCCGCAUGUCAUUCUGAACCAGGCCCGGAUCAACGGGCUUCUCAUUGAGCUCAUGCGCAAGUACAAUGACCAACGGAUUGACUACGGAUACAAUGUCACCGAGGUCCACGUCGACAGCGCCUCUGCCACCGACCCGGAGGCCUAUCCGGUCACGGUGACUGCAGAGAAAGACGGGGGCAUUGAAACCAUUGCAGCUAGAUAUGUUCUGGCAUGCGACGGUGCCCACAGCGUUGUCCGCAAGGCCCUGGGGUACAAAAUGAUCGGUGAUAGCAGCGACGCCGUCUGGGGUGUCAUGGACGUGGUACCAAGAACAAACUUCCCCGACAUUCGCAAAAAGUCCACUCUUCGCUCAAAGGCAGGAAACAUCCUGGUCAUUCCCCGUGAGGGUGAGAGCAACAACUUGACGCGCUUCUAUAUUGAACUGGCAUCGGGAACCAACCCGAAGGACGUGAGCCUGGAGAGCCUGCAACGGCAGGCGCAGGCUAUCUUCCACCCCUAUCAGGUUGAUUUCGUCGAGACGGUCUGGUGGUCUGCGUACUCCAUCGGUCAGCGUCAGGCCGACUUUUUCCAUAAAGACCACCGGGUCUUCUUGGCGGGCGAUGCCUGCCACACUCAUUCUCCCAAGGCCGGUCAAGGGAUGAAUGUCAGCUUGCAGGACGGUUACAACAUUGGGUGGAAGCUGGGAGAGGUCUUGACUGGCCUGGCCACUCCCUCUCUUCUCGAAACUUACGUCCUGGAGAGACAAAAAGUUGCCACCGAUCUGAUCAAUUUCGACCGCUACUUUUCCAAGCUCUUUUCCUCGGGGGCCAAAACUACCCCUGCCGAGUUCCAACAAGGCUUCAUCCAGUCUGGCAAAUACACUGCCGGCCUGACAGCCAAAUACGACGUUUCACCCAUCACCACAUCAUUGGACUCCACCCGGCUUGCUUCGAACGUCGUCGUUGGCAUGAGGCUACCCAGCGCCCAAGUUGUACGGUUCUGCGACUCCAAACCCCAGCAACUCAUGGAAUCACUCAAAUCCGAUGGCCGAUGGCGCAUCGUGGCCUUUGUGGGUGACUUGACCCUCCCAGAAAAGCGCAACGAAUUAAAUGCCCUCGGAGAAUAUCUUUCCUCGCCAGAGGGUUCAAUCCGUGCCUUCACGCCAAAUACCCGAGACGUCGACGGUUUGAUUGAGACCCUUGUUGUGGGCCAUGGAAAUCGCCACGAUGUUGAGCUGGAGCAGAUCCCUGAAUGUUUCUAUCCGGCCACGGGCCAAAACCAAACAAGAGACUUGCACAAAAUCUUUUACGAUGACGAGAGCUAUAAUGAGGGCCACGGACAUGCUUAUGAAUUUUUGGGCAUCGAUCCGUCACGGGGUGCCCUGAUCAUCGUCCGUCCUGAUCAAUAUGUUUCCGCCGUCAUGAGCAUCGGCGACUACCCUGAAAUCGGCAAAUUUUUCGGUGGAUUUCUCAAACCGCAACUGUAG